UCAUUUUUUCUUGAUCCCCUUAAUUCAUUAAUCCCAAUAUAUAUCACACCAUAGUCUAAAUAAAUGUUCCAACAAAGACAUAACAAUAUUAGUAGCACCGAGCUAGAUCAAAUGUUACAUAUGCUAACUUCUUCUAAUUCUUCUAUUCCAAUGCCAUUUCCAACAACCUCAAUGGACUCAAAUUCAAAGUGGAAACCAAACAUUGAAAUAGCUCCUAAUUGUCCUCGUUGUGCUUCAACUCACACAAAAUUUUGUUACUACAACAAUUACAGCUUGUCACAGCCAAGAUAUUUUUGCAAAGGUUGUCGACGCUAUUGGACUAAAGGUGGCUCUCUUCGAAAUGUUCCGGUUGGUGGUGGAUGCCGUAAAACCCGUCGUGGAAAGGCGGUUAGGAAUUCUCAGAAUUCUGACCGUCUUUCCGCGAAUGGUUCUGUUGAUGAUGGAGAUCGUCAACAGAAUCAAAAUGAUGGGUCGCGUGAUAUAGAUAUGGCGGUUGUUUUCGCCAAAUUCUUAAACCAAAAUCCAAAUAGUACUACUACUAAUACUACUCAUCAUGGUGAUGAGGAAUUAGAAAUUGAGAGUGAGCCUAACAAUUCUUCUUCAAACAAUGUUAACAAUUUGUCGACACCGGAUAGCGUUGAAACAGACAACGAUGCAGUGGUUCAGAGUCAGAAUUAUCCUUUUGAUCAAGAAUUGAGUUUGAGUGGAAUUGAAUAUGAUCAAUUUGAAGGGUUACUAGGUGUUGAUGAAGAUGUGGUACAACAAGAUGUUCUAUGGUCUGAAUCUGAUGCUAUGAAUAUGAUGGUGUCAUCUUCAAAUAAUUAUACAUGGCAACAACCAUCUACCAUGAUGCAAAUGGAAUUGGAUUAUUCAAUGUCAUUGAAUGAAGUUGGUGGUAUUAAUCAUGAUCAAUUAUUACCUCUUAAUGUGAAUUCAAAUUCUACUAAUGUCAAUUUGAUAAGUGAUCAAAGUUGGAUGAGUAAUUCUUGGGAUUCUUUUGAUCUUGCAACUAUGGAAAUCUUCUCAUCAAGUUCAAGACCUUAAUCAGUUCUAAUUAAUUGAUUAAUUAGAUCUGAUUUUCCAUAUACAUAUAUAUAGCUUAAAUAUUUUUUAUUUAUAUGUUGUAUACAAUAUUAAUCAUAUUCUUCUUCCUAGCUAUUAUUUCAAAGAGGAUAUAACAUAAAGUAUGAGAGAUAUUUAAUUAGAGCUGCUGCAUUCUAUUAUGAA